AUGCCUGAUUUAAAUGGAUCUUCAACAACUCUUCAUUGGAUUGAUUUAGAAACAAAUAAAACAGUUCAAUUGACACGACCUAUUUGGGGUAUUAAUGAUCAACAAUUCUAUUGGGUAGACAAUAAAACAGUUCUUUUUCUAUCAAAUCGAGCAACAUCUGGUCUUAAUCAAUUAUUUCAAAUAAAUUUACCUGAUGAUGUAUCAGCUAUGGGCAAUUUUCUUGAUCCAAUUCAAAUUACUGAUUAUCCAUUAGAUAUUGAUAAUCUAUUAGUAAAUCGUCAAGCAACACGUCUUGCAUUUAGUUGUCAAGUUUAUGCUAAUUUAACUAUUCAACAAACAGCUGAUCGUCAAGCUAAUGAAAAAGCUAGUGGUAGUUUAGUUUAUAAAUUUGAUAAAUUAUUUAUUCGUCAUUGGGAUGAAUAUAUGCUUGGUCGACGUCAUCAUCCAUUUAUUGUUUCAAUUCAACGAGAUUCUAAAGGCAUAUUUAAUUUUACAUCUACACCUAUGGAUGUUCUCUUUGAUAUUGAUAGCGAUUCACCAACAAGACCAUUUGGAGAUGGUAAAACACAAUGGUCAUUUAGUGCAAGUGGAAAUAAAUUUGCUUUUACAAGACAACAUGAUGAAACAAGUGAAGUUGCUUGGUCAACUAAUUUAGAUAUAUUUACUGUUGAUUUAAAUACAAUUAAUUCACAACCUGUAUGUAUUACAUGUAACAAUACAGCAGCUGAUACGGAUCCAUCAUAUUCACCAACUGAUGAUCAAAUUUUAGUUUAUCGAUCACAAUCAGUUCCCAGUUAUGAAUCUGAUCAAUUCAAAAUUCAAUGGUACAAUGGUUCUAAUGAGAAAACAACUCUACUUGAUGAUUGGGAUCGUAGUAUUCAAGCAACUACAUGGUCACUUGAUGGUCAAUCACUUUUUCUUGAAAUAGGUGAAGAAGCACGUAAUGUCAUUUAUAAAUUUUCUAAUAUCUUAUCUCCUUCAUCGGUUCCCAUUCGUCUUACAAAUACUGGUUCAUCUCAUGAUGUUAAUAUUCACCCAACAAACAAUGAAAUGUUUGUGUUUACGUAUGAAAAUAUUGUUCAACCGGCUAAUAUUUAUUUAUAUGCAUCACCAAUAUCAAUGGAACCUGUUACUGAUCAUAAUAAUAAUCUUUUGGCUAAAGUUCGAAUGAGUACAGUAUAUGAAGUAUUCAAUUUUUCAGGUUCACAAAAUGAAACAGUAUAUGGUUGGCAUGUACAACCAGUGAAUGGUGCAGCUCAAAAAGCUCCACUUGCUUUUCUUAUACAUGGUGGUCCUCAAAAUAGUUGGUAUGAUGCUUGGAGUUAUCGUUGGAAUUUUCAAGCAUUCUCAUCACAAGGCUAUGCUGUUAUUGCUAUUAAUUUUCAUGGAUCUGAUUCAUAUGGACAAAAAUUUACUGAUAGUAUUACAGGUCAAUAUGGUACAUUACCAUAUCAAGAUUUACAAUUAGGACUUACAGCAGCUUUAAGUCGUUAUAAUUAUAUUGAUGGAAAUCGAGCUGCUGCAUUAGGUGCUAGUUAUGGUGGAUAUAUGAUAAAUUGGAUUGCUGGACAUCCAGAAAUGAGCCAACGUUUUAAAACUCUUAUUUGUCAUGAUGGUUUAUUUGAUAUGAGAGGAAUGGCUUAUUCAACUGAAGAAUUAUGGUUUAGUGAACAUGAUGCUGGUGGUUUUACUCCCUAUGGAAAUCCUGAUGCAUUUGAAAAAUUUAAUCCAGUUAAUCAUGUUGCAAAUUGGACUCAACCAAUGUUAAUUAUUCAUGGUGGCCAUGAUUAUCGUGUACCUGAGACACAAGGAAUUAGUGCAUUUACAGCUUUACAACGACGUGGUAUUGCAAGUCGUAUGCUUUAUUUACCAAAUGAAAAUCAUUGGACACUCAAUCCAUUCAAUUCACUUAUUUGGUAUCAAGAAGUACUUGAUUGGAUACAUCAUUGGACACAAUGA